CCAACAAUUACUCCUCAAAUCAAGAUGAAAAAUAGAAGUGGGAGACGGAGACUGGUUGGUAGCUAUUGUUCUUCUUCUCUUCUGCGCUCUUUUCCGCUCCAACCUUUCCCUCUACGGUACGCGAUAAAGAGUUACAAGUUUAGAUUAGACUCAGCCGGGUCUCUUAUCCAUUAUCUUCUGUAAUCUGAAUUUCUUUAUAUAACAAUCGAAUUUCCGGCAUCGUUUUGUCAGAUUCCGAUCACAACGCAGUUUCUUGGACAUUUCUUAUUCGAAUUCCAACUUUAGGUUUUUGUUUCUUACGUCUAUUAUAGAGAAAUUGAUAAUAGAUAUAAGAGAAGAGCCCCUGUUUAUAUUUUAAUUGGAGAAUUCUCUUAGCUAAGAUGGAUUUAUAUUUGAUCGGACGACACUAGUGACCUGUUUAAUGAAAUGGCGAGCGCCGGUGAUGAAGACGCCGACGCGGUUCUCAGCGAUGUUGAAGGGGACGAUCCGGUUCCUUCCAUCCUCGACAAACCGCCUCAAGAGGACAUAUCCGUUGAGAGAUUUAGAGAGAUUCUUGCGGAACUCGAGCGCGAGCGUAAAGCUAGAGAAGCUGCGGAGGUCUCGUUCAAUCGCUUGAAGGUGCUCACUCAUGAGGCAAUAAAAAAGCGAGAUGAGAGUGGCAGGCAGAGGGACGAAGCAUUGCGUGAAAAGGAGAACGCUUUGAGAUCGAAUGAGAAGAUAUCAGGGGAAUUAACGGAGGCUCUGAGGCUCAAGGAUGAGCUUUUAAAGCAGAGAGAUGACGCUGCGCGGCAACUUGAUGAAGCGGUUAAAGCAAGGGACUCGUCAAGAUCGGAGAUCGAAGUUGCUGCUCAGUUGCUUGUCACUGGGAUAGAGAAGAUCUCUGGAAAGGUUAGUAAUUUCAAAAAUUUCUCCGGGACCGGGCUCCCGAGAUCUCAGAAGUACACCGGAUUGCCAACUGUUGCUUAUGGCAUUAUCAAGAGAAGUAAUGAAAUUGUUGAAGAGCUUUUGAGGCAGCUUGACACGGCAAUAAAGUCUAGGAAUGAUGCUCGUGAACAGAUGGAACAUCGAAAUUAUGAAAUUGCAAUUGAAGUUUCUCAACUUGAAGCAACAAUUAGUGGUUUGAGGCAGGAGAUUGCGAAGAAAACAUCUGAAGUUGAGAACUUGGCCAAAUCAUUGGCUGAGAAAGACACAAAGAUAUUGGAAAUGGAUAAAGAGAUGUCUGAAAGGAUAAAUGAAUUGGAGAGAGAAUCAACGGAGCUUAGGGAGAUGGUUAAGGAAUAUGACUUUAAGUUGAGGAGCAUGGAAUCGAAAAUGGACUCACAGAAGCCCUUACUGGCUGACCAAUUGAAUUAUGUAUCAAAAAUUCAUGACCAGAUUUAUGAUGUUAUUAAGAUGGUUGAUGCUAAUAAAUCAGAUCAGUUGGACUUGUCAGAGUCCUUGUUCCUUCCGCAAGAAAUGGACAUGACUGAGAAUUUACAUGCUUCUCUGGCUGGCAUGGAAUCCAUUUAUGUGUUGACUAAAAUAGCUGCAGAAAAGAUAAGGGAUGAAAUGGAUGAGAGGAGUCGUGAAGUGAAAGGUCUAAAUGAGACUGUUGAUGGGUUGGUGAAGGAGAAACAACAUAUUGGAUCAUUACUUAGAGGUGCUCUAUCAAGAAGGAUGAUAUCAGAUCCAUCAUCCAAAAUGACUGAGGUUCUACAAGUUGCAGAAAAUGGUUUGAAAGAGGCAGGGGUGGACUUCAGAUUUGGUAAUCUCUUUGUGAAUGGUGAGAAACCAGCUUCCCAUGAUAAACUAGGUUUUGUGGAGGUAGAGGACGAUGAAGUCUAUACUCUGGCUGGUGCUUUGGAGAAUAUAGUUAAGGAGUCUCAGCAGGAGAUUAUUGAGCUAAGGCAUUCUGUGGAUGAACUUAGGGCAGAGUCAAGUCUACUUAAAUCACAUAUGGAGGUUCAAACCAAGGAGCUCAGUCAAAGAAAGCAUCGCAUAGAAGAACUGGAAGAAAAGGAGAGAGUUGCAAAUGAAAGUAUUGAAGGGCUUAUGAUGGACAUUGCAGCUGCUGAAGAAGAGAUUGCAAGAUGGAAAAUGGCAGCAGAGCAAGAAGCUGCAGCAGGCCGAUCUAUUGAACAAGAGUUUGUGCAACAGUUGUCAUCCCUCCGGCAGGAACUGGAUGAGGCAAAGCAGGCCAUGAUCGAAUCAGAGAAAAAGCUUAAAUUCAAGGAAGAGACAGCUGCUGCGGCCAUGGCAGCAAGAGAUGCAGCUGAGAAAUCUUUGAGGUUGGCAGACUUGAGAGCUUCAAGGCUGAGUGAUAGGGUGGAGGAGCUUACUCACCAGCUUGAAGAGUCUGAUACCCGGGAAGACUCAAGGAACAGAAACAGGCAGAGAUAUGCAUGCUGGCCAUGGCAAUGGCUAGGGAUUAACUUUGUUGGGUUCCAGCAGGCUGAGAUGCAACAGCAGCAAUCAAAUGAAAUGGAAUUGUCAGAGCCACUUCUCUAAGUAGAUAGUGGAUGUAAUUUCUUGUAAUCUUCAGUCUUCACAAAUGAAAAAAUAGAUCAAGUUUUGUUUUUUGUAUAAUUUUUCAAAUCUUCAUUCUUCAUGUUCAUAUAUACAUUUAGUAGCAACCAGCAGAAGGUUAAUUAUAUUUCUCA